AUGGUGACUUUGACUGUACAGGGGAAGAAGGUGCCAUUUAUGAUUGAUAGUGGAGCUACUAUUUCAGCCAUUCAACACCCAAUAGGAGAGAAGACUGCUAUCAAGUUACCAAUACAGGGAGCCACGGGCCGCAGUAACUCCAGGCCCAUCUUUGAUGUGGACAAUUGCAGUCUUAAGGGAAAUACUUUUAGACAUCAGUUUGUGUGGCUCCCCGACUGUCCAAUGAACUUAUUGGGAAGAGACAUUCUGUGCAAAUUACAAGCCACUUUAACUUUUUCAAAGGAUGGAAGCUGUACCCUCGAGACGCCACAAGGGGGAGAUAUAUGCACAAUAGAAAUGCCCAAAGAAAAGGCUUGGAAGUGGAAAGCCUGGUGGGAUGGGAAAUCGGAAGCCACCAGAGUCUUGAUAGCGCAAGACAUAGCAGAAAGCUUGCCAGUGCCUAAAGAGGUUUGGGCAGAAAACGGAGGAUUUGGCAUGGCCAUCAACCAACCCCCUGUGUGCAUUCGAAUGAAGCCAGGAGCCAUACCCGCUAAUAUACCACAGUACCCCAUCUCAGAAGAGAAAAGGAGGGGAAUCCAGCCAAUUAUCACAGCGUACCUUGAAGAGGGGAUACUACAAGAGUGUCAAUCUGGAUGGAAUACCCCACUCUUCCCAGUGGAAAAGAAGGAACCAGGCCGUUACAGACCAGUGCAAGACCUGCGGGCAGUAAAUGCAAGAGCUGAACCCAUGGUAGCCCUAGUGGCUGACCCAUACACCAUAAUGAAAGCUUUAUCUAGAGAUCUGGAGGGUCUAGUUGUACCCCCAGGGGGGGCAGUCUUGCAGUAUGUGGACGAUCUUUUACUCGCAACAAAUACGGAAAAAGAUUGCAAAGAACUCACUAUAGAGGUGCUUAAAAGACUUGCAAACUGUGGCUACAAAGUAUCCAAGAGCAAAGCCCAACUUAUACAGACUACUGUAAACUAUCUGGGAUUUCGGCUGGAGGAAGGCCAGAGAUACCUAUCAGGAGAAAGAGUAGAAGCAAUUUGUGCCAUUCCAGAACCCAAAUCCAAACGUGGUCUGCGAGCAUUCCUUGGAAUGACUGGCUAUUGUCGCGUCUGGAUACCAGGCUACGCCCAGAUAGCCCAGCCCUUGUAUGAGGCGACUCGAGGAGAAGGCGAGAUGCUGUGGGGAGAGGAACAGAAGAAAGCGUUCCAGGAACUGAAAGACAUGCUAACGAGGGGCCCAGCUUUAGGACUCCCAAACCUCACGCUACCCUUCACGCUAUACGUGCUUGAGCGGGGAGGGUUAGCAAAGGGAGUCCUGACACAGCAAGUCGGACCCAGUAUGCGACCCUGCGCAUAUCUUUCAAAAAGAUUGGAUGCAGUAGCAAGAGGAUUCCCUCCCUGCUUGAGAGUUGUAGCUGCAGCAGCUGUACUGUUACAAGAUGCAAAGAAACUCACUUUCGGAGCAAAGACUACAAUAGUCACUGAACACUCCAUUAGAUCUUUGUUAAAAGAAGGGACUAUCAAGUGGAUGACAGGCUCUAGACUCAUGAAAUAUCAACUGAUGCUGUUAGAAGACCCAGAGGUCGAAUUACAGGUGACCACCAGUUUAAAUCCUGCCUCAUUUCUACCCGAUGAAAAUGCAGAAGAGGGAGAGACGCAUGAUUGCCCAACGCUGUUGCAACAGACCUGGGCAGUCCGAUCUGACCUACGCACGGUCCCACUGAAGAAUGCAGACCUGCAGUGGUUCACAGAUGGGUCCUCCUUUGUAGAAAAUGGGGUGAGAAGAGCAGGAUAUGCCGUGGUGAGUCUAGUGGACACUAUCGAAGCUCAGCCGCUACCCACGGGCACCUCAGCCCAGCUAGCAGAACUAAUUGCAGUUACCAGAGCCUGUGAGAUGGCAGAAGGGCAAACUCUGAACCUCUAUUCGGACUCAAGAUAUGUACACAACAUGGCACAUGCGUACGCUGCACUGCAUCAUGAAAGGGGCAUGCUAGAUUCUAAAGGGAACCCAGUGAAAUACCAGCAAGAGAUCCAGCGGUUCAUGGACGCCAUGCAGCAACCCCGCAGUCUGGCUUUUAUGCACUGCCGUGGACACCAGAGAGGAGGAGGGGAAGUGGAAAGCGGCAACCGUAGAGCUGAUGCAGCAGCUAAGUUAGCUGCACGCUCAGCCGAAAUGAUUAUGGUGUCCCUUAUUCCAGACCUAGCUACCCUGGAAGAGGAAUGGGAGUAUGGAACAGAAGACAAAAAGCUGGCAGAAGCACUGGGAGCCGUGAAACAGCAGGGGAAAUGGAUCAUCAGAGGGGGGAAGACACUAGUCCCCAAGGAAUAUGUGACAAGACUUGUGGAGGGUUUACAUGAAGGCACGCACAUGGGGGCAGAGACUAUGUAUGAACUCAUUCGGAAGAAGUAUUAUGCACCAAAUUUGUCUGCUCAUACCCGACAAGUAGCCAGGAAGUGUGUAGAAUGUGCUAAAGUCAACCCCAAUACCCGGCCUCAAGGACAAGCAGGGCAAGUAGCAAUGGGGGCCGGCCCGAUGGACAUUAUUCAAGUGGACUUUACAGAGAUGGUCCGGCAAGGACCCUAUAAAUAUCUCCUGGUCAUUGUAUGCACGCUAACUGGCUGGGUGGAAGCCAAACCAUGCAAGGCAGAAAGCGCGCAGGCUAUGGUUAAAUACUUGCUUAACGAUCACCUGCCCAACCACGGACUGCCAAUACAAAUUAACUCAGACAAUGGGGGGGCAUUCGUGAGCAAAGCAGUGCAAGACGUUUCUAGGGCAUUGGGAAUACAAUGGAAACUCCAUUCCUCGUGGAACCCACGAAGUUCCGCGAAAGUGGAACGUAUGAACAGGACACUCAAAGAUCAUCUAGUCAAGCUGAUUGAGCUCACACAAAUGAACUGGGUGGCCCUGUUACCAUACGUACUGUUUAAAAUUAGAAACACACCAAGGGGAAAGGAGAAAUUAACUCCAUUCGAGGCUAUGUAUGGGAGGGCGUCACCCAUCCUGCGUGCUAGAGUUGAGGACCACCCCCCGUCCACGGCCCAAUGGGCUAAGGUCCUGCACGAUGUACGACACUCCCUACAAGAAACUAUCCCCAUUCCUAUUGUGGAUCCAGUACACCCCUACGAAGUGGGAGAAUGGGUGUGGGUGAAGAAAUGGAAGGUAGAGCCUUUGAAACCCAGAUGGGGAGGUCCAUAUCAGAUUCUGUUAAUCACACCAACUGCUUUAAAAUGUGCAGGAAUUAAGGCGUGGGUCCAUCAUACCAGGGUUAAACGGGCAGAGGCGCCUAUCUCGUGGGUUGCACAGAAGACUGGAGAGACUAAGCUGAAGAUACGUCGCCUACCCUGAGUCUACCCCCUGCUACACCCUACCGGAACGGGUGCACGUCUUCGCACGGGUCCAGGGUACAUCUUUGGAACGUCCCUACGGGUGUGCCCAUACCUGGAAGCGGCACACCCUUUGUACGGACCACCGGCGGGGGUGGGAGAGAGAGUGUUAUUUCCUGGUUUCAAGCUUGUAACUAAAAAUGUGGUCUCGAACACUGUUGUUUUUAUGGGUAAUAGGAGUGAAUAGCACCUACAAGGUUUCCCACCCGAAAGUCCCUGGGCUUCAGACUGUAAUCGGAGCCACAUCCCUUAAAGACUGCUGGGUUUGUACUCAUGGUGAUAUACAUUCUGAAGAGAAGGUAGCUCUGGUGGCGGGCCCCAUCCCCCUAAAUUGGUGGGUUCAGAAACCCAGAGUAAAUUGGUGCUCCCCCUGGAUCAGCACCACCGAAUUGGCUUGGCGACCAACCACGGGAGGGGGGAACCGCCAGACCUACCGCUACCAAAGGGAAUGGAAACGAAAUUGGUAUUCAAAAGGGGUCCCGGAAUAUGAAGUUGAAACAUUAAUUGGCCAGAAUCCAAUUUGCAUUGAGAACAAAGGGGGACCUGGACCCAAUUUGGGGGAGAUCUCCUACACUCACUGUGCCCACACAUGGUCGUUUGAUAAAUCCCUUGGCGAAUUUACGCCACGGGCUGACGAUCAUGGACCAGACCAGGAAGAGUGCGAUGGGGAUGAUCCCUCUGUGGGCAAAUAUCCUGGAUUGUAUGGGGGAGAGAUGACCCUCACCUCUGUAACCCUAUUCAAUUUCACUGAAGGCCACUGGCGGGAGGAGUCGAAAUUCCUAUGGAAAAACACCCUAUAUGUACACGAUCGGCUAGGUAUCCUGAUCAACAAAACACAAACCAAGCAUGACACGUGUGAUAGCAAACUUAACACGUGGGAAUCCCCUUUCUGGACCCUCUGGCUGAGCAUAACCUGUGCACACCACAAAGACCCAAAUGUAACACUUUCCUGGUUCGGGGGAAGGGCCAGCAAGUCCGGACCCUUCAGCCUUGACAGAGAAUGUGGAACGGCCCUGGGCAUAGGAGAACGAAGAGUAGGGCCAAUGAAGUGGGAAACGGGGGACGUCCUGACCCUGUCCUUGCUCGAACACGGAAUGUACUGGCUCUGUGGUAAAAACGCAUACAAAGCACUGCCACAAGGUUGGAAUGGCAGAUGUGCCCCUGCUUAUCUAGCACCCAAAGUAGAGAUCCGCAAAAGCCUAAAUGCCUCUGAAGUUUUGAACAUGGGCAGUUUCCUGCACCGCCUAAGGCGCGGCGCAGAGAACCCCCUUGUGGUCCGCAACACCGGAUUCCACCAGGCUUGGCGGGCUAUGCUACCGGGACUUGGGGUGAUUGAGCUUGAAAUAGCGGUCAAAAACAUCUCAAAGGAGAUGGAAAAAUCUUUCAAUAGCACUCUGAAAAUGUUAAUGGAAGUUCAGCAAGAGGUUGAUUCAUUAUCAAAAGUGGUUGUGCAAAACCGUAAAGCGCUCGACAUUCUUGCUGCUCAGCAAGGAGGUGCCUGUGCUUUGAUCGGGGAGAAAUGCUGUUACUAUGUAAAUAAUCAGGGAAAAAUUGAUCAGGAGGCAGCCAAAUUGAAGGAAUCGAUACAGGUCUUUCACAGCAUCGGCCAACCCCCAUCUGGAUGGGGAAUAUGGGAAUGGCUCACGAGUUGGCUGCCAGACCUAGCCUGGCUAAAGUUAUUAUUUGUUGUUUUUGUUAUCAUUGUUAUAAUUUUGCUAAUGCUACCUUGUAUAAUACCUUGUUUAACUAGAAUAAUAGAAUCUGCUGUUUCUGCCAUAGUUAGAAAGGAAACCGCACCGCUUAUAAAAACAAUGUAUUCUAGUCUACCCUUAAAGGAAGAGCCAUAAAAUGGGCUCUUGAGGGGGGAGAUGUAGAAUGGAAAAUUCCUCUAUUGUUUUUUUCUAUUGUUUUCUACUGCUGAAGUUGGUGAUGAGUCACUUAUCUAUCAAGGGCAGACAGGGUGGGGGAAGUGGGUAUGAACGGACUAGCUUCAUUAACAUAGGCGCCAGAUGAUAGGAUCACUUUAAACUGUAACUCGUCCUGCUUCUUAGAAUGUGAAGGAAUCUUCUCUUAAUUUGCUUAUCUCUUUUCUGUAAGACCGGAACUCAGAGCAAAGUCCAGCCCAGAGGCAAACACAUGUGUUAAUGAAGUAAACUAAUUGGUUCUAGGGCAAAAUGUUAACGCCCAGAUGUGUAACAAUGCCAAGGUUUAAAACCCCAAAAAUCGGGGGAUUCGGGGCUUCUUCUCUGGAGGGCCGUGAGGCACCAGGAAGGGGUCACAGCGCUGUAAUCAAUAAACGGUGAUAUUGCUUCCUUCAA